AUGUUAACAGGUGCAGGUGUGAUGGCUGCAUAUGAUGAACGAUCUUCUAAUUCUUCUGAAUAUGGCUUAGGAGGGCUCUUGCAAGCUUUAUCAUAUAUUGGUGGCAUAUCUGGAGGCUCAUGGUUAGUGAUGAGCAACUUGAUAAAUGAUUUCAGGCCAAUAAACGAGUUAAAAAGUGAUCCUAACUCAUGGGCAUUACAAGAUCAGCUUUUAGCAGGAAUACCUAACUUCGACCCUACAAGUAUUCAAAAUGCAAUAUCACAAAUACCCAUGAGUAACAAGACUAAUGCAAAUACUUCAACUAAACAGAAAGACAAAUGGCCUAGCUUCGUGAAAACUAUUAUAGAGUGGUUCGAUUCUGGAAAGAGUACUACCGAGAGCGUUGAAUUUCAAUCACAGUCCUUGUCAAAAAUAAAAAGAGAAGUGAAAAACACGAAAAAAAGUUCAACAAUAAGUGAGUUCUUCAAGUCUUUGUUCUUGAAAACACCAGAUCUGAAAGUAUCAAAAACCAGUGGAAAUGUAUUCAGGUUCGAAACAUUAGCAACAUGGAGGGAAAUUUUCAGCUAUUAUAAGGAGUUGAAUAUUGAAGUACGGGCAAAGCGUAUAGCAGGAUAUCACUUAUCAUUUACUGAUUACUGGGGUAGGGUCUUAGCACGGAGAAUUUUUCCCAAUGCUGCAAGAAGUCCAGGUGCAACUGUAACUACAAGCACACUUAUGCCUUCAUUUCAAAAUCAUGAACAGCCUUUCCCCAUAAUUUGUGCUGUUGAAAAGAUACCGACUAAGGAAAUGAAGAGUAUAGAUUCACAUUUAUUUGAGUUCACACCGUACGAGUUUGGUUCUUGGGAUUCGUACUUAAAUGCAUUUGUCCCUAUGAAAUAUCUUGGGACUUCAUUAUUUGGCGGGAAAUCAACGAUUCUUACACAGAAUCCAAAUAUAUCAAUUUGUGUUUCAGGGUUCGACAACAUUGGCUUUAUAACUGGGACUUCCUCAUGCUUGUUCAGUCACAUAUUUGUCUAUGUGUAUCAAUUCCUUUUAGGACUUAAUCUAGAAGCAUCAAACGCUAUAAAAACGAUACUCAAAUCAUUUGGGUUAAGUUCUGAUUUUAAAUCAUUCGAGUUUCCUCUGCACCACCCAGACUAUGCAGCCUUUUCCCCAAACCCUUUUUACGGAUACAACUAUUCUCAAACCAGUGAAGAAGAAAUAUCUAAAAGCAAAACUAUUUAUCUUGUUGACGGGGGAGAUGAUGGCCAAAACAUACCAUUUCAACCGUUCUUACAGAGCGCAAGGGAAGUUGACGUGAUACUUUCGUUCGACAUGACUUCCGAUUUAUUUAAUUACCCAAACGGAACGACUUUAGAGAAAUCAUCAGAAAGAUUUCACAAUAAAGAGUCUACCAUAUCUCUUCCGGUGUUUCGUCUCAGCUCUCAUCCACCAAAUAGUGUUUCGUCUCAAAACAUGUCUCAUGGAUUCUAUUCCAAUAACACCAAAGCAAAACACACCUCAGAUACGGGAAUCAGAUCCAUUUUUCCCCAUGUACCUGACCCUCAGACCAUGAUGAAAUUGAAUCUAAACAAUAAACCUGUAUUUUUCGGCUGUAACCUCCAUAAAGAUUAUCCCACUAUUGGAACAGCUGAACAGACAGACUCAAAUCAAACACUCCAUAAUUUCAGAAACACACAUAACUACCACCUACCACCCCUUAUUAUAUAUACUGCAAACUCAAAUUACUCUUAUCCUUCAAAUACAUCGACUUUCAAGCUAAGCUAUACGCCAGAAGAAGUAUCUGGAAUGAUUGAGAAUGGCUAUAAUUUAGCCACAUACAUGAAUUCUACUCAAUAUUCCACUUGUAUCGGAUGUGCUAUUUUAAAACGAGAAUUCGACAGAAUAGAUCUUGGACUUAAUAAUUUAUACCAGGGCGACUUUAAAAUACCAACGAUAUGUCAAGAAUGCUUUGAUUCAUUUUGUUGGAGUGAAUAG